UAGUUAAGUUUAACCACUACUUAACUCUGAAAGUCGAUAUGCACGUAACCAUUGAGUUCAAUUGAAAAUUUACAAUUUCUUGCUAUCUACCACAGGCAGGUGCCUUAAUUCGAAAAUAUACUAGAUUUCCAAAAUGCAGAUCAAAAUACAAUGUUUCUGUAUAAUUUUUAUUGUUGCCACGACUUGGGGGAACAGUAUCGAAGAACGCAUUGCAGACUUGAAAUACGAAUGCAGUACCCACGCGAAUAGCAUUGAAGAGAAUCUUCACCCAUGGGUUACUUUCAUCCCGUUGAAGACGCGCACGUACAACCCUGGAGCGAAUGUUCAAUGCAUAGGUGCACUUAUUAGUAAGAGAUAUGUUAUAACGGCCUCCACCUGUCUGCAGUUUGUUGUCUCUGAAGUUUUCCUCGGUCAUAAUGAUUCCAAUACCUUGUCGGAUAUGGUACGUGCUCCCGUAAAGCAUUGGACCACCUACGACAAGGCAGAUGUUGCACUAUUGAAAUUGGGUACCGACAUUCAAUUCUCGGACACUGUAAAACCAAUAUGCUUACCAUUUCAACAAUACGGAAGACCAAUCAGUGAUACAAUUCUCAACGUUGUCAGUUGGACGCGAGAAGCAGGGUCAACGUUAGUUUCCAAGAAGAUAAAUGAAGGUACAGUUACACGUUGUAAAAGCUCAUAUCAAGUGUGCCUUCACCCGACUGGGAAACAGGUGGCUUGUUAUGGUGAUGAGGGCAGUCCCAUUACACAUUUCGAUGGGUCCAAUUGGGUGUUACAUGGUAUAUUGCUUAGCGUUUUUGAUAGCGAUGGAUCACCUUGCGCGCGAAGUAGUCCGGCUGUUGGAUUAAAAAUUACGGACGAUAUUGUGGAUUGGAUUGUCGAAAAGAUGGAUGAUUAAACUUUAUUCAGUUUCUUGUAUACAUGGUAUAAUUAAAACUAUCAUUUGUUUGUUUUGAGAUCUUCGCAAAGUUUAUGCUUAAAUUAUAUGAGCUUAUUUGUUUAAA